AACAACUGGAACGGUAUACGUUGACCUUGUGUUACGCACUCAAUAGUUGAUAAAUAGUCAGUCCAUUUGAACAGCUCGUGCGAUAAAGACGUGUAUAUUUGUAUAAACAUGGCGGAAAACGAAGCUCCAGUCUCACUGUGGGAUGAAAUGCAGAGUCCUGUAAAUGUGACGUUGUUGGUUAUCAUAGCAUACCUUCUUUAUAAGAUAAUAAAGUCGCACAUGGAACCAGAGGACGAUACCCCAUUACCUCCUUCCCCACCGCCGUUGUUACGACUGAGAAAGGAUAUGACUGUUGCCGAAUUAAAUCAAUACGAUGGUACAAAAGGAGAAGGAAGAGUAUUACUGGCCGUUAAUGGUAUUAUUUUCGACGUGACCAAAGGAAAGAGAUUUUACGGACCCGGAGGCCCAUAUGCGGCGUUUGCUGGCAAAGAUGCGACUCGAGGUCUAGCGACAGGCCAGGUUGCCGCAUCCGACAAGGAAUACGAUGAUGUCAGUGACCUUACCCCUGAGGAGGUUGCGUCAGCCAAAGAAUGGGAAGAACAAUUCAAAGAAAAAUACGACAUCGUAGGAAAACUUCUGAAACCUGGCGAGACACCGACCGAAUAUGAUGAUGCAGGAGACACUGAAGACGAAAGUGAAACCAAAAAGGAGCUCUAGAUUGUAAA